AUUAUUUUCCAAUGACAUGUCAGCGAAGUAUUGAUACUGUAAUGAAACCGUACAGGCCCGUGACCUCCGGUUGUUAUCGAUAGAGACCAACCUCGCUCGAGCUCCAUUAUCAUCUUACGAAAGUACUGGCGCCGGUGAUCAGCGCAGUACAUACCUUUGUUUGCUGUACAUACAAAGCCUGAACUACAGGCAAAGAUCAUCGAUGCCGCCGCUCCCAUCUUUACCGUCGGCCGUCUCGUUCCUCCGCGGCGUUGCGCCUCGUUCGCAGUCCGCUGCAGGCCAGCUAUUGCCAACCGCUCGGCGUGGCGCUCCCAGUGCAUGGUACACGCACUCCAGGCGCUUUUCAUUUUCUGAUAGAUCUUGUUCGGUUUCCUUGAGAGGGUUAUCGCAGUCUCAGUCGCAAGCAUGGAACCGGUGCGCUGGGAGGCUGUUCUCGAGCUCGACUCGGCAAGCUCCGAGCUACCAGUAUAAGCGAUUCCAGCCGGGAAGGAUACCAUAUCCUGGACAGCAGGGAGGAGGAGGAGGAGGAGGAGGAGGAGGAGGCCCUCCGUGGUGGGCUAUCUAUCGGAAUGAACUGGUCAUAGGAGUCGGCAUCGGUGGGGCUUUCUACCUAUACAACCUGGAGACUGUAGAGAUGACCGGUAGACGCCGCUUUAAUUGCGUGUCCACCGCCCAAGAAUUGAAAAUGGGAGAACAGAGUUACCGGGAGGUUAUGCAGCAAUAUCGGGGGAGAAUACUGCCGGAUAAUCACCCCUUAACGAUUAUGGUUGCUCAGGUAAUGAAGAGGUUGAUUCCGCAAGCCCCAAUAGAAGGAGCGGACUGGAAAGUGCAUGUCAUUCACGAUGACUCGAAUAUGAAUGCUUUCGUACUUCCCGGAGGCAAGGUCUUUGUCUUCACGGGCAUCAUGCCGAUCUGCCGGGAUGAGGAUGGUCUUGCUGCUGUGCUCGGACAUGAGAUUGCUCAUGUUGUGGCGCGUCAUCCAGCAGAGAGGAUGAGCAAUAGCUUUAUUACAAUUGGGCUAGCAUUUGUUGUUGCCGCUCUUUUCGACGUGUCCGGGCAGAUUCCGUCGAUGCUCCUCAAUUUGGUAUACGGCCUGCCAAACUCGAGGACUCAGGAGGCCGAGGCAGACACUAUCGGACUAAUGAUGAUGUCCAAGGCUUGCUUUAAUCCAGAAGCUGCAGUAAAACUAUGGGGCCGUAUGCAGAAAGCAGAGAAAGGGUCGCCUCCACAAUUCAUGUCGACGCAUCCUUCGAGCUAUAACCGCAUGGAGGCUCUCAGUGAAAAAUUACCGAAGGCAGAGGCAGAGUAUGAAGCAAGCGGUUGUUCCGUGCCCAGUAGAUACAGUAAGUGUCCACAGACUCUGUGAAUAUGGGAUUCGUACUAAUCCACUUCUCUCCAUUACAGUGCCUGGUUUCAGACAAGCCUACAACACAUAUGAUGCGUAUGGCACAGACGAUGGACAUGAUUCAUACUUCUGGUAAUUUGGGUUAGCAAGGUUGAAACAUAAGCGAAUAUAGCAUGCAAUACGAGCGGGCGUCAGUAUGCGGGGUGUACUGUACAUUGCAAAUAUUUCCAUUAAUAAACUCGACUGUCAAUAAUACGCAUCUAUCUUUGCUCAGUACUAAAGAUAGCAAAGAUGUAGAAUGAUAUAGUUAGACUUGUAGAGCUCUCCGCCGUGGAGAAAGCCCUAAC